AUGGGCCCAGCCGAGACGAAACGAAGGCGAGCUGAAUGCGAGCUUCCAGGGACGGUGGGCAUGGACCAAACCGGACCAGAUCCUUCUUCUGCCUACGCAAUACCUCGCGUGGGUGUCGGAUGUCUGGUGGAGUCUCAGGGACUAGUCUUGGUUGGUAAACGCAAAGGGUCACACGGCGCCGGUACGAUCCAGCUGCCAGGUGGACACUUGGAGCUUCACGAGACGUUUGAGCAGUGCGCGAUACGCGAAGUUCAGGAGGAAACUGGCCUCAUCAUCGAUCAGACUACCAAUCCCGAUCUGGUCUUGGGUCAAGGAAGUGCACUCAUUGGUGGCCAAUCACACGCUCGCGGCAAAGCACUGUUUCUUGCCGAAUCCCCACGUAUGCGUGGUACCCAAAGGGACGAGGAUUUCAUGCAUUAUCUCACCGUCUUUAUGUACGCGAGGCUGCCUGACGUCUACGGCGAAUCUGGCCAUCGACCCGUCCCUCAAGUGAGCGCAUACACAAAGCUGGCCCUACGACGCAAUAGCUGACGAUCAGUGUGCUUGAUACGACCUUUCCGUGUCUUGUUCAGGUGCGCGAACCUCAGAAAUGCGAUGGCUGGUGCUGGGUACCUCUACGUGAGAGGCGUCUACAUUUUUGCUCGAGCCAGCUGCUCAUCACGCAAAACUUCUUCCUCUCCACAGGGUGGAUCAUAGCGCGCGCCUUGCUGGAAGAACCCAGUCCCAACAAUUCCGUGCUUGACGCAAAGGUCGAAGCAAACAAGAUGAGAGGCAGUGACUAUCGCGAUGGGAGCAGCCAAGGAGCCUGGGAGGCAGCCGACGCCUUCGCAGGAGAUGCGCCGCUCUUCCAGCCUUUGGCGCUCCUUGGCUGGCACUUGUGGUUCGAAAGCGAGUAG